AUGCUCGACGUGACUGACUUUAUCAAGGAGAGGGGCGGCGACCCGGAGAAGAUCCGCGAGUCUCAGCGCCGCCGCUAUGCCAAGGUCGAAGUGGUUGACGAGGUCAUUACCAUGUUCGAGGACCAUCGCCGCACCAACUACGAGGCCAUGCAGUUGAACACCAAGAUCAACGAAGUUCAGAAGCAGAUUGGCGCCAAGAAAAAGGCAAAGGAGGAUGCUUCUGAGUUGCUUUCCCAAAAGGUUGCUUUCGAAAAGGAGAAGAAGGCCCUGUUGGAUCUGGCUGCUGAAAAGGAUGUGGCUCUGAAGAAGCUGGUCAAGACCAUUGGCAACUAUGUUCACGACAGCGUUCCCGUCAGCGACAAUGAAGACAACAACACCGUCCUCAAGACAUGGGCACCCGAGGGUGUCACGCCAGAGAAGAAGGACGUGCUCAGCCAUCACGAGGUUCUGACAAGACUAGACGGCUACGACCCCGACCGUGGUGUCAAGGUUGUCGGCCACAGAGGUUACUUUCUCAAGCAGUGGGGUGUUUUCCUCAACCAGGCCCUGAUCAACUACGGUCUGCAGUUCCUCAGCGAAAAGGGCUACACACCGCUGCAGUGCCCGCAGUUUAUGCUCAAGGACCUGAUGGGCAAGACGGCACAGCUUGAUGCUUUUGACGACGAGCUCUACAAGGUUGUCGAUGGUGAACCGCAAAACGACAAGUACCUGAUUGCUACUUCUGAGCAGCCCAUUUCCGCCUUCCACUCGGACGAGUGGCUCCAGGCCAAGGACUUGCCCAUUCAGUACGCUGGUUACUCCAGCUGUUACCGAAGAGAGGCUGGCGCCCACGGCCGUGACGCUUGGGGUAUCUUCCGUGUCCACCAGUUUGAAAAGGUUGAGCAGUUUUGCUUGACUGACCCGGAAAAGUCUUGGGAAAUGUUUGACACAAUGUUUGCCAACUCUGAGGAGUUUUACAAGAGCCUUGGUCUUCCUUACCGCGUGGUUGCCAUUGUCUCUGGUGCUCUGAACAAUGCCGCCUCCAAGAAGUACGAUCUCGAGGCUUGGUUCCCCUUCCAGGGCGAGUACAAGGAGCUGGUCUCGUGCUCAAACUGCACCGACUACCAGUCCCGUGGCCUUGAGAUUCGGUUUGGCACAAAGGCCCAGACCGAUACCAAGAAGAAGUAUGUCCACGCUCUCAACUCGACCCUGUGCGCCACGGAGCGAGCUCUGUGCUGUAUUCUCGAGAACUACCAGACGGAAGAGGGUUUCAACGUUCCCGAGGUUCUGCGAAAGUAUCUCCCAGGUGCCCCCGAAUUCAUCCCCUUUAGCAAGGAGCUUCCCAAGGACACAACCUCUGCCAAGGUCAAGGCCAAGGAGGCAAAGAGUGCAAAGGGCAAGGUGGCGGCCGCCGUUGAGCAAGCAGGCGAGAAGCUCAAGAAUGUCACCGUGUAA